GUCAACAUCAAUCUGCCGCCAAAAAGAGGUCUGAGAGAGGGAGGGAUGCUGGAGAAUUGAUUUCUUGGUCUCGCGCAGAGACAAAGACCGGCAGCAGCAGGAGCUCGCGCACAACAAGCCCCGAAAACACCAUCUGAUCAGCUGAAGGUCCGGUUAUUCUCCGGUGCCGUGCGCGUGUGGUGAGAGCUGCAGAGGUGUUUUAUCAUCCUAUCGGCGAUAUACUGUGUUUACCGUCACAGCUGAUGAGCGAACAGCAAAACUUAAAAAGUGGCCCGCUGGUCCCGCGUGUGUGAGGUGUGGAUGGUGGAUGAUGAUGAUGAUGAUGGGAAUGAGGAAGACAGUGGUGGUCCCGGGGCACGAGCUCGUGCGUGUUGUACUCGCGUGCGCGCUGUUCGGUUCCGUCAACGCGCGGAGCUGCACCGAGUCCCGGCGCGCGUAUGGAGAGCGGGGCUACAGCGCGAGCGCUGCACCCCUCAACGCCAUAUCCGGUGAACACCUGCGUUUCUGUCCUCGUGAUUACACGUGCUGUACAAGCGUGAUGGAAGAAACACUGAUACGGCAGAGUGAAGCUGACUUCCUGUCUUCUGUUGAGGAGACCAGUCAGUUCCUGCUGACAAGCUUCACCCACACACACCGGCGUUUUGAUGAAUUUUUCAGUGAGCUAAUUGGUGUGUCAGAGAAGUCGAUGAAUCAGAUGUUCACUAAGACUUAUGGACGCCUGUACACACAGAACACACGCCUCUUCCAACAGCUAUUCACACAGUUGAGACAAUACUAUAAAGACGGUGGUGUGUAUGUAUCAGAAGCUGUGUCAGAUUUCUGGACAGAGUUGGUGGAACGGGUGUUCACUCUGCUGAACCCUCACUAUCACUUCAGUGUGGAUUAUCUGGAGUGUGUAAGCAAACACACACAGCAUCUUCAGCCAUUCGGAGAGCUGCAACGCAAACUCAGCACACAGUUGUCUCGUGCUUUAAUUGCUGCGAGGGCAUUAGUGCAGGGCCUCUCUACAGGGAGAGACAUUGUUAACAAAGCCAUUAAGUUUAGUGUAAAUGCAGAGUGUGGUAAAGCUUUGAUGCGUCAGUUGUACUGUCCUCUAUGUGGUGGGACUCCCUCUCUCCGGUCUUGCCACCCACUAUGCCUCAAUGUCAUGAAGGGCUGCCUGGCCAAUCAUGCAGAGCUUAACUCGGAGUGGAACCGCUUUAUUGACUCUCUCCUCUCUCUGGCUGAGAGACUCAAUGGACCAUUUAAUGUGGAACUGGCUGCUGACUCUGUAGCUGUGAAAAUCUCUGAAGCCAUCAUGCACAUGCAGGAGUACAGCAUCAGCAUCUCCACCAAGGUGUUUCAGGGUUGUGGGAAUCCCCGUCCGGCCCCCAGUAGAACCAAACGCUCACCUAAGGAACGAGAGAAAGAGCGUAAGACUGACAAAGAGCGAGACAGCAGGAGAACAUUCAGAACAUUCAGUCCAGAGCAAAAGCCAACAACUGCUGCAGGAACCAAUAUGGACCGAAUGGUGUUGGAUCUGCAGCAGCAUCUGAGGCCAAUGAGGGAGUUUUGGGUAAUGCUGCCCCACUCUCUCUGUAACGAAGACAAAAUGGCUGCUGAUGUGACCAAUGAGGAGCGCUGUUGGAAUGGAUACACACGUGGAAGGUAUCUGAUGAGUGUAACGGCUGAUGGUUUGGUGAACCAGCUGAACAAUCCAGAAGUGGAUGUUGAAAGUUCUCUGGACAUCAGAACCCGUCAGAUCCUUAUGGAGCUUCGAGUGGCAACACACCGACUCACACUCGCACACCAAGGAGUGGACACAGACACAGUGCACAGUGAUGAUGAGGAUGGUAGUGGAUCUGGAUUGGGUGAAGGAGAGGAGCUCUACAGGAAUGAUUGGCCCAGUUCACCACGAAACCCUGCCCACCCUUACAAACCCCGCCCUUGGGACAGGAAUAGAGUUAAUGGUUCGGUCAGAGCAGCCGUUCAGAGAGCAUCACCUCUUUCCUGCUUCUCACUCUGCCUCUCUCUGCUCCUCUCUCUCAUCCUCCAGUGGAGAAAAUAAGUUACUGCAGUUUACAUUAAAAUGAAUCUGUCAUUUCCACAGACAGACUGAGAGACAGACAGAUUAAGAGACAGACUGAAAGUAGGACAGAAAGGGAGAAAAACUGAAGGAGAGCGAGAGACUGAAGGAUGGUGUAGCUGAUAAUCUCACACUGACUUUGUGUGUAUUUAUUAUGUGUGUGUGUGUGUGUGUGUGUGUGUAUUUUUAUGUUAGUGAAUGUAUUGAUGAAUGUUUACACUCAGUAUGAAUAAAGUGCAUUUGAUACUGAUGUUUCUUAAAGUUUUGGUGAACCCAUCCACUACCCAGAAUCUUAGAGCGACAUUCACCAAUCAAUCACAAACAUUGCUGUUACCAUGGAGUCGAAGGUAAACAGUGACUUUUUGCUAAUGUUUCAGCAGUCUUCGUUCCAGAAGUCUCCUAGGGGAAACACUGCUCCGUGAUUGUAACACUAUAGUGUGACACAUUAGGCCGUAGUUAGGUUACCUAGCUAUCAUAUUAGUCAGACUAAUUUAGACUAAGCUAGACUUAUAUAAAAUAUGAUAUGUACACAAAAUAUUUAAAAUCGAUGAGCACAAAUUCACUACGCCUAAUUCAACUCUUUCCUUUUUUUUUUUUUUUUUUUUUUACCCCUUCAGGAAAAAAAUAUAUAAGGUGGUCAUUUAUCUGAUAGCCAGUUGGUUCAGUUUGAUGCUUUAAAUAUUUAUGUAAGAAUUUUCUGGAAUGUCUUUGUAGGUUAUGAAAGAAAAGGAUACUUCUGGAACAAAGACUACUGAGAAAGUGGAAGUCACUGUUCAGCUCCAGUAAGCCUUAGUUGAAUGUUAAAGCUGAAUGUUUUGUUCUGCAUGCCCACAUGGUAGGACUCCAUUUUAGAGUAAGGUUUAGAAUUACAGUUGAAAUAGUUUGAUCACUGAGGUGGCUACAGACUGUGUUUGUUUGUUUGUUUGUUUGUUUGUUUGUUUAUUUAUUUGUGAAAAUAGUUCAAAGUUCAUAUGCUUCUCAGCAAUGUUCAGGAUCAGAGCUGUACACAUUUAUACACUUUAUUAUUAUUUUUUUCUAGAACAAACCAAUCCGAUUUUUUUUUUUAUAAUGGAAUUUUGUAUGGAAAAUCCUAA